UUCCUUUCUCUUACGAGCUUCCAUUGAUCAACUUUCCGUCUAUCAGUUCGGUCAAGUCGGUGCUCGAGGCAGUGGUGCUCCGCAGUUCGGCCAUAUGCGAGGCUAACAGUACUUUCGCUCUUAUCCUUUCAUUAUCUCCAACGCGUGUACAGUUUUCCCGUGUCCAGUUUUCCGACCAAACGGCAGUCGCAUUUUCCUGCAUCCUUAAGCAGUACCGAGCAACGAUGAGACUACUAUCGGUAUUCGCGCUGGUGCUAGCGUUCACCGCUGUGGCGCUUGCAGAGAAAGAGGUCAAAACCGAAGAUGGUGUGUUGGUUCUAACUAAGGACAAUUUUGACUCGGUCAUCGCAGACAACGAAUUCGUGCUCGUGGAGUUCUACGCUCCGUGGUGCGGACACUGCAAGGCGCUGGCACCAGAAUACGCUAAAGCUGCUAAAGUGCUAGCGGACAAGGAAUCCACGAUUAAGCUUGCCAAGGUGGACGCCACCGUGGAGCCCGAGCUUGCCGAGAAGUACGGAAUCCGAGGAUACCCUACACUCAAAUUCUUCCGUAGUGGAUCGCAUGUCGAUUACACUGGUGGGCGCGAACAGGACACAAUCGUGUCGUGGUUGGAGAAGAAAACGGGUCCUGCGGCGAAAGAACUCGAAACAGUUGAGGCUGCAGAAGAAUUCCUGAAGGAACACAAUGUUGCUGUUGUUGGAUUCUUUAAGGAUCGUGAGUCGAAGGAAGCGAAGGCAUUCUUGUCAACGGCAGUCGCCGUAGAUGACUAUCCUUUCGGUGUGACAAGCAGUGAGGAUGUGUACAAAAAGUAUGAAGCUAAGUGUGGCUCGGUGAUUCUGUUCAAACAUUUCGAUGAAGGAAAGGCUGUGUUCGAGGGCGAAGCAACCGAGGAAGCUCUGAAAAAGUUCGUCACCGCUCAGGCACUCCCAUUGAUUGUCGACUUUAGCCAUGAAACGGCCCAAAAGAUCUUUGGCGGAGAAAUCAAGAGCCAUCUUCUGUUCUUCAUCUCGAAGGAAGCGGGUCACUUGAAGGAGUUUGUCGAACCAGCCAAAGAAGUAGCCAAGAAGUUCCGUGAACAGAUCCUGUUCGUUACGAUCGAUGCCGACCAAGAGGAUCACACUCGCAUCUUGGAAUUCUUCGGUAUGAAGAAGGACGAAGUUCCGUCGUUACGUAUCAUCCGGUUGGAAGAAGACAUGGCCAAAUACAAGCCCGAAACGAACGACUUGUCAGCCGAUAAGAUUUUGGAGUUUGUGCAGUCGUUCCUCGAUGGUAAGGUGAAGCAGCAUUUGCUGUCCCAGGAUCUUCCAGAGGAUUGGGACAAGGAGCCGGUUAAAGUGCUCGUAGCCACCAAGUUCGAUGAAGUUGCGUUCGACAAGACAAAGGAUGUGUUGGUUGAAUUCUAUGCACCAUGGUGCGGUCACUGCAAACAGCUGGUGCCAAUCUACGACAAGCUUGGAGAAAAAUAUAAGGACAGUGACAGUGUGGUCAUCGCUAAGAUUGAUGCCACCGCAAACGAGCUGGAACACACCAAGAUUUCGUCAUUCCCUACCAUCUAUCUGUACCGAAAGGGUGACAAUGAGAAAGUUGAGUUCAAGGGAGAGCGAACACUGGAAGGUUUCGUGAAGUUCCUAGAAGGAGAAAAGGACGAGCAGCCCGAGGAAGAGGAAAAGGAGGACAAACCGACGAAGGACGAGCUAUAAGCGUAGUGAGAGUGGGGCCUUAACAAAACACGCGAUUGCCAUCAGUGUGUGCCUGCCCUCGUACGUUAAACAACAAGCAGAAAGGA